AUGAGACCUCAGAUGCGUCUACCUAGAUGGAAAAAACUCAGCCAGGAAAGCUUAAUAAAAGCACUAGAUGACCUGUAUGAGAAAAUUCACAAACACUUCAAGUCACAUAUAUCUGACUUAAAGACGGAAGUUUUAGACCUGAAGCAGAAGGUAAUAACACAAGAUGGCAUCUUGAAAGAUGCACGUGUAGAAAUUAAACUUCUCCAAACUCAAAAUAUCAUACUAAUGAACCAGGUAAAGUUGUUGGAAAUCCAAACCACUGAUAUUGAGGAUAGUUCAAGGAAAAACAAUUUAAUAUUCAAAGGCAUAUCAGAAGAGAUGAAAGCAGACAACCUGGAGGAGUAUUUGAAGGAAUAUAUGGCUCAAUUUCUAGAUCAACAGAUCAUUAGAUCAACGCCCUUUGAGAGAUUCCAUAGAAUUCGCAAACCAGACAAUAUCCAAAUGACAGAACCAAGAGAGGUUAUAGUACGUUUCAUAAACAGCGCGGUCAAAGAUGCUCUGAUUUGGAAAAUCCGACAUAACAAACCACAGGACUCAAAAUUUAUGUCUAUCUCCACUUUCCCCGAUCUCUCACCAGCCACAAGAAAUAACAGCAAAUGCUUCAGAGACAUGACUAUUACACUAAGGAAUACGAAUAUUCCAUAUAAAAGGGGGGUCCCUACAAAAAAUCUGGGCUUUAACGGGGAUAGAACAAUCACAGUAAAUGAUCCUUCUGAAGAUCUAACUAAAAAGGGUAUCCAUGUGUAA